AUGGCGGAAGAGGAGGAGAGAAAUGUGUAUAUAGAAGACAUUACGCUGCUGGACAUAUCGAGGGACUACAUAGCAAAAAUAUUCGAUGCAGAGCAAAGAAAAAAAGAGAUAGAGAUUAACAAGGCAGAAGUAGAGGACAGGACAAAGGCCCUGGAGGCACUCAUGCAGAAAGGAAGCGUAGAGGUGCUCAAAGAUCUGGAAAGACUGCCGCAGGUCAUCCAGGAAAUGAAAAUAUUCAAUAAAAAAAUAGAUGAAGCCGAGGAGCAGAUACUCGUGACGAGUAUACGGCAGAAUGAGACAAAGAAGUCGCUGCACGAGACCAAAAAAAUAAAGGAAAGAGUAAAAGAGUCGCUGGCGGGAAUAGAUAAGAUCGAGAAAAUAAUAGAAAACACAGAGUAUCUGGAAAGGAUUUCAAACAAAACAAUGAUACAAAUAGAUAAAAUAAUCAGCCAAAGAAAAAGACUGCCAGAAGACGACGUGCAUGCGAUAUUCCUGUGGGUGUCCGCGUACAAAAAGCUAGGCGUGCUGUCAAAGCAGUUCACAGACUAUUCGUUCUACACUGCCAUGUGCCUGACUCUUGAGCAAUCAGAAAAAAGGCUUAUUGUAACAGCAAAUCUCAUGGCCCAGUGGUGGAUAUGCGAGGUGUCCACAGGCAUCGUGCAGCUGGGAGAGCAGAAAGAGCAGAAAAAGAAAGAGGGUGGAGACAUGACCGUUUCGGAGGAAAUAAAAGAAAUUCGUAAGUUUGCACUAUCGAACAGAGACUUUGUGCUUGUGAGCAAGUACAUAUACGAAGAACUCGACAGGGCAGAAGAGUUUACAGAGUACAUAAACAACGCCAGAAGACGCGAGCUAAUAAAGCUGUGCAAAUUGCAGGUAGAUAAGUACAGCAUAGACAGGAGGCUGGGGGUGUGCAUAGACAUCUUUCUAGAGUUCUUUUCCGUUGACAGAGAAAUAAAAUCUUUUAUAAGCCAGAAUAUAGACCCUGCAGUAGAAGAGUACGACCGAGCCAUACAAAAAAAACUGGAGUCUAUAAUUAACUCUAUUCCGCUGGAGCAGACGGAUGACCACUAUGUAUUUAAAAAGAUAAAGCUCUUUUUCCUAUCCAUCCAGAAAGAGAAAGACACACACUUCAAAAACAUCUCAGAGAUUCUUAUACAGUCGACGUAUAAGUGCAUAGACAGCGAGUGCAAUGUCUCGAAACAGAAAAUAAAAAGCAUCAAAGAAGAAAAGAAGCCUGUCAAAGAAGUCCUAUUUGCCGUGGCAUCAGAGAUAAGAAAGUUUUUCCGGGAGUCAAAGAACAUGAUAUACGAAGUAGAGCAGAUCGAAAACGAGCUGGACGACAUCAUCUUAAAGUGCACAAACAGCUUGGUGUGUCUUAUAUCAGGCGUACUCGAGAAUUCUUCGCCUGAAGAAGCUCUGCAGGCCCAAGGCUUUGCAGCUGAUCUGAAGGAUAGCAUCAGAAAAGAGCUGGAAGACCACAGCCACAGCAUCUCAGAAGAGUCUCUGCUUUCAAAGAUCCCUGAAAUCAAGAAAAUCAGCGAAGCCGAGACAAAGAUUGUGCAAAGAACACAAGAAGAGCUAAAGAAAAAGCUCGACAGCAUCUCCAGCCAGAUUGUGAACAGCUUGAAGAGAAUAACCGCAGAAAGCAGCAUAACUCUAUACCCCACAAAAGUAUCGGAUGUGCUGGAAGCGUACAAAGAAAAAGUGCCAAUUUCCUUUUUGCAGAAAGAACUAGACACCAUACUAGAGUUUACUCUGGAGUGUCUUCCCCAGCUAAAAGUUUAUAAACAGGUUGAUUCAGUUGAAAAUGACUUUGCAGUGCUGUACAAGUCUGUGCAGUAUCUGAACCUGGAAACAGAGAAUACAAAAAAUAUACUGAAAAUGUUUACUGAAAUUGAUUGUCUACGAAAGAAUCUGAAAAAGAGCGCGUCUGAUGCAAUCGGCACAGACUUAGAUAGUCUUUUGGCCAAGUACUCAAAAAAGAAAGAUAGGAUAAGAUAA